AUGCCGCUGCAGCCAAGAAUGCUUGAAAGAAAGUUCAGCAGAGAGCGCAGGAAACAUGAGAAAAGACUAGACCCAGAGGAGAACGAGAUUCCAGAUCUUCCCUCGGAUGAGAAAGGGCAGAGUAAGUGGAUUCGAGAAUACAGCCAGAAUGCGAGGAAAGUGAUGAAGAGGAGGAGAGAAGAGGAUGUAAACAAGAAGGCAGUGGUAAAUAAUGGCGUGAGGAAGACCAAGAGGUAG